ACUCUUGGCGGAGGGGUACAUGCAAGGCGUUGUGAUGCAAAAUAGUCCCCAAGGAAAACUUAAUAUUUUUCAGAUUUACGACCAUUGAACCAUCAUCGACAUUACAUAUAAACACCCAUAAGGCGCGUGUAGGUUCAUUUGGAUAGUAAAUAAAAUAAAUAAAAGCAAGUAAAUGUCUCUACAAUGAACCAUUCCGCAUCAAACCGCUCUGAAUGAAUCGGUUUACACCUCAAGCAAUGAAUUAUUCAGAAAGUUUGGUGGAAUUCCCCUUUAACGUAAACAUUGUCCAGACGCUACAAGUCCGAUUCGGUUGAUUGCGUUGAAAAAGAAUCGGUUCAGAAGAACGAUUCGUUCGCGAUUCGGACGUCGCUGGUGUGUGGAGGAUGUCGCCGUUGUCGUCGGGUUCGCUUUCGCACAUGACAACAAUGAUCUCGGCCGUUAUCUCCGCUGCUCUCGUCCUCCUGGCAGGCUCCGCUUAAAGCCUCUGUCUGUUUUCUUACCCCCGGCGGUGGCUGUUUGGUGUUCUCGCAGCGAUGGAAGCGGCCAGUCCGGCGCCUUUAUCCCGCAUCUUUGCUGGCCGCGGUCAGAGGAGGAGGAGCGGGCAGCGCGCUGGCUAAAAGGCCUCAGUUAGGCCCGCGGCUGCAGGAUUUCUUUCUCCAGAGCUGCUUCUUCUGCUGCUUGACACUGUUUUCUUCUCUUUGUCUACACCUGCUUGCUUGGAAAUAACCAUUUUGGAAAAUCCGCGGCUGGUUUUGCUGCAGUGGGACUUAAAAAAAACUAACGUUAGCUGGGCUAAACGGUCCGCUAGCUAGCACAACAUUGGCAUUGAAGCGAGUGAGAAGAGACUUGUUUAAAAACAGACUGAAUGAAGGAUUGUUCACAGCUCGGAUAUGUUUCUUUGGAUGUAACUUUGGAUAUAACGAUUUGGACGUUGUUUUGUUUCGCGAAGGUUAACGGAGCAAAGCUUUGUGGUAUUUUUUGACUGAGCUGGCUGGCUGGCUUGGCUUAGCUUAGCCUAGCCAAAUCCGAGCGCUCACUAACCUAGACUUGUUUGAAUGUGGGAUAAAAUGGAGACUCCGACAAUCGUCUACGACCUGGACACCACCGGUGGCCUGAUGGAGCAAAUACAGACUUUGCUCGCACCACCCAAGUCCGAAGAUGCGGAGAAAAGAAGCCGAAAGCUGGACAGGAGCACCAGGAGAUCGGGCCGGGCGACCAACCACGACACUUGCGACAGUUGCCGGGAAGGAGGGGAUCUCCUCUGCUGUGAUCACUGCCCUGCUGCCUUCCACUUGCAGUGCUGUAACCCACCACUUAGCAGGGAAAUGCUGCCCCCUGGUGACUGGAUGUGUCAUCGCUGUACAGUUCGUAAAAAGAAACGAGAGCAAAAGAAAGAACAAAUCAACGGUCUCAUGCUGGCUAAGCAGACCCCAUCCCCAGCAGCUGAGCUGGACUUGGGGACUCUCCGUCUCGACCCUACUGUGGCUGUGGGCGGCACAGGGCUGCGGGCAGCAGUGGCCCAGGUCCGACUCCUGGAGAGGAGGCCCAGCAGCCGACCGGCCACCCCCACCUCCAACGCUUCUUCAACAGACACCCCAACGCUCUCUGAGCAGAACGACAUGGAGGAGGACAUGCUGGACGUGGAGGACGAGGCUCAGGGCUCAGACCCUGAGAGCGCCAACACGUUAAACACCCUCAAGAGGCCCUUCGACCUCCUGAUUGCUGCCGCCAUGCAGAUGAACCCCACGCAGUUCCAGCUACCCAAUGACCUCACCUGCACUACCGCACUUCCAGGAACCAGCAAAAAGAGAAGGAAAGAGGAAAUGACAGGAAAGAACGUGAAGCGGCCGCAGCACGAGCUGGACCACUAUGGGCUGGUCCCACUGCCAGUCAAAGUGUGUUACACCUGCAACAGGAGCUGCAGACUGGCUCCGUUGAUCCAGUGUGAUUAUUGCCCCCUUUUGUUCCACAUGGACUGUCUGGACCCACCGCUCACUGCCAUGCCCACGGGGAGGUGGAUGUGUCCCAACCACAUCGAGCACCUGGUGCUGAACCAGAGAAGCCUCACACUGAGCAAUCGCUGCCAGCUGUUUGACCAGUUUCAAGACCGCAUAUCCCAGCAUGCUGUCAAAGUAGACUUUUUGCAGCGAAUACACCGCCAGCACCCUCCUACACGACGAGCAGCCCACGUGCACACGAAGAAAUCCCUGAAGGUUCCAGAUGCCAUCAAGUCGCAGUACAAGAAUCCGCCUGUAAUGAUGGCGCCUGCCGGAAUCCGGGAAGGUGAGCUGAUCUGCUCAGGCGUUCCGGAAGUCUCGCCGUCCCAGCACUUCGCCAGCGACGAUGAGCAACAGCAGUGGCUCAGGGACGUGAUCUCGCUCCAGUGUAGCAUCAUGAAGCAUUUGUCUGCCAAGCAGACGUCCUCCUCGCAAUGGGACUCGGAAAACACAGAAAAAAUGGACGUGAAGCCGUGUAUGGCGGUGGACUCUGGCUCUCUGCUUUCUUCACGCAGCACGGAUUUUGUGGCCUCUGGCAAACUGCCGGACGUCCUCAGCCUUAACUCAGCAGGAGCCGGUGAGGAGCACAGGGCAUGUAGCUCUUGCACAGACAGUCCAUGUCAGAACUGUGGAACCACCAAUGGUCCUAUAGACAGGCUGGCCCAGGCCAACGGCAGGCAGGUCUGCCCAGGCGUCCUGGAGGAUGACCUCCAGCAGGGGCCAGUUAAACCCACGGGCCCUGAAGCACCGCAUUCUCGCACUCCUCCUACCCCUUUGCCGUCGGGCCCAGACCUGUCCAACCAUGCUGGUCCCAUGCCCGUUAAGACUGAAGACCCAAAUUUAAAGUCCUGUGCUGCUACAGAGCCCCUUCCCUCCGUUAAAUCUGAGCCUAGCCCCCCUCUCUUGCACACUCAAAGGACUUCCCCAAGCUUGCAGGGGGGCCCGGUCUCUGUGCUGGCGAAACGGUUGCCAUCCUCCCUUGCCUCUGGGACGCAAGCCAUCACGCCGCCCCAAGCUGUCCCAGAUACUGGUGCCAUCUGUCAGGCCUCUCCAGCACCCUCCUCUGAUGGAAAACUUAGUGAAGAUGCUGCAACACAAGGCAGUGGGUCAGAGCUCUUAAAUCUGGGAGACCUGUCCGGCUGCUUGAAGAGCAUGAUGAAGGGGACUGGAGAGAUUGAACUGAACACGUUAGAUGAGAGGUUCAUCAAGCUCCUGGCGUGGCAGCGGAUCCAGCAGCUGUUGGAGCCAAAAGCACUUCCUUCACACAGCAGUGUGGCGUCUCCUACCACAACCUCCCUCACGCAGGACAGCCGGCACACUGAAGCACAAAACAAGGAUGUACAGGCAAGAGCUACGUUUUAUCCUCUCUCUGGGAAGGGAGCAGCAAUCAACAUGUGCUACAGAAGCCUUUACAUUGGAACUGGUGCUGACAUGGAUGUGUGCCUUACAAAUUACGGCCAUUGCAAUUACGUGUCGGGGAAACAUGCUUGCAUCUUUUAUGAUGAGAAUACAAAGCAGUACGAGUUGCUGAACUACAGUGAGCACGGGACAACGGUGGACAACGUGCUGUACUCUUGUGACUUCUCUGAGAAGACGGGGCCCAGCCCGUCCAGCAGCCUCGUGUCUAAAGUACAGAACAUCAUCCGCCGCUGCAAGAAGAGGAAGCAGGAAGAGCAGGAAGCGGGUGCUGAGGCAGCUGUCCUGCCUGACGGAGGUGUGAUGAGCAGCCAGGCUGAGGAGCCGCCCCUCACGCCCUGCAGCUGCAAGGCCAGCGGCUCCAGCCUGAUCGGGGGCAGCGGGGCCGGCUGGGAGGGCACGGCGCUCCUGCACCACGGCAGCUACAUCAAGCUGGGCUGCCUGCAGUUCGUCUUCAGCAUCACCGAGUUCGCCAGCAAGCAGCCCAAAGAGGAAGAGGGCGCCAGCGCCAUCGCCUGCAGCCCUGCACCCAGCCAGCAGGGGGAGCCGCUGGCCAAGCCCAACCCUCAGAUCCACCAAGUGCCCGUGCUGCACCACAACCCGGUUCCUUAGCCCUUAUGUCGGCGCCACCUGCAACUUUCAACCAACCAGCCUCGGAGCUCGGACUUGUACAAAAUAUCCGCUUCUUUUGUAAUUAUUUAAUUGUUCAUACAUUUGCAUGAGGUGAAGUAUUUUUUUCCCUUUCCCUCUCUUUCAGAGGCUCUGAUUUUGUGGGCAAGUUGCACAUAGAAACUUUCUUUGUGUGUAAAUGCAAAAGUAAAUGCAUUUUUAAAAGGGAUUGGGCGUCCUUGAUAUUCUCAGAACCAAUGAGCAGCCGAGAAGUUUCCACUUGUAAAGAAAUGAGAACAUGUUCUAUUUUGUGCCAGUAACGAUAGUUUUUAUAUAAACAUGCUUUUUUUUCAUAAAAAACAGAAACUUUUAUUUACUCAUUUUUAUUUAAUGUACUGUAUUUGGAAGUAUAGUAAUGUUCUGGUGUUCCAUUUCGCUACCUUCACAGUAGCCUCUCUAUAUUCAGAUGUGUGCUCGACACAUGUGAAUAUGCUUACACAUUGUAUAUAUGUCUAUGUACCUGUAUCCAUGUAUCUGUGUGAAUAUGGAAAUAUCCACACACCAAAACCUACACGAAAGGAAUCCAUUGUGUAAAAACCAGUGAUGAGGGAAGCACUGGAUUCCAUGUACAUAUACCGUUCUGGCUUUUAUAUUUGUACAGUGCUUCAUUUGGUUGAUGUUCUGUAGUUAUGAAAGUGUUAAGUCCUUUUUUUUCCCCCUUCAAUACUGUAGUCAUUAUGUAUAUGUCUGUUUCAAAGAGAUUUCAUCUGAACAGUUUCAUGUACUCUGUAAUUACGAUUUUGACCAGUUUCUUGUCUGUCAAACAAUGUAAAUAUCUAAAGAUUUUAAAUAACAUGCUUUAGAAACACGA